AUGGCGUCACCGGAGAGAUCGCAGGACUCGCCGAGUCUAUCGCGGUUUGAAACUAAAACGACAACAAAGGAGAAAAAGACACUCAAAAGUCUGAUUCUGAAAAUAUGGAAGAAAACUGGGCUGGACGGGCCAACGCUACUGACGAUGGCAAAAGGCGGUUUGGCUCCCACGAUAGCAGUGGCUAUGUACCAAUCAACUGGGGUGGCAGAUGAGUAUACUACUCUUGGUUAUCUCGUCGCUAUUGUUUCCAUAUUUGGAUUCCCUAUCAUGCCUCGGGCCAAAUUUAUCCAAAUGAUGAUCGCAGAUGUAUUGGCAGUAUGUUUAGCUUGCUGCCUAAGUCUAUUGACCAUGUACUGCGCUGUCAAAGCUCGCCAGCACUCCACAAACAGCCCCGAAGAAGAGACUGCAGCAUAUAACUCAUCAGCCGCAGCGGUGAGUGGAGUCUGGCUCUUCUUUCAGAUGUGGCUGGUUCACACAUUCCGGGCCAAACACCCACAGUUCCAGUUUCCUGUCGUGAUUUACUCCAUCUUUGCCAAUAUUGCAAGCAUAUACGCCCCACAGAUGGCAACAGUAACCCGUGCCAUUUCUCUGGUUAUAAGGCUUCUCAAAACAAUGCUCACUGGAUUGGGUCUAUCAACAGCGGUCUCACUCUUAGUGUUCCCUAUGACGUCGCGCAAGGCAGUCUUCAAGCAAAUGAGCGGAUAUAUUGGCUCACUUCGCACCGCUUUGGGCGCCUAUGCUGUGUACUAUCAAUCAUUAGAGAAAGAUGAUAUGUUCGGUCGUUCCGAAACAUACGAUGAUUCCCGCGAGAAAUGGGAUGAGAAAGGCAAAGUCUACAGCCCAGAGGCAGCAGCAAUCCGCAGUGCUAUCCGCGCAAUUACUGAUAUACACGGAAAACUUCAUGGUGAUAUUGUCUUUGCCAAGAGAGAGUUUGCCAUAGGCACGCUGGGCCCUGACGAUUUGAAGAACAUCGCCAAGCACCUACGACUGAUUAUGAUCCCAGUUGUCGGUCUUAGUUUCGUUGUUGAUAUCUUUCAGAGGCUAUCUGAUUUUAACAGAUGGAAUCAGCCUCUCGAUCCGACUGCUGAGCCGAUCCAGGACGAGCUUCGUCAGGGCAUUAUUCAUGACUGGAACGACAUCAUGCGAGCGGUGCAUGAUCCGUUCCAAUCCAUGAUUCAAACCAUCGAUGAGGGCUUGCUGCAUACCUCCUAUGUUCUUCGACUGACUAAGCCACCAAAGCGUACGGCUGCAGCCACUGCAGCAGCUGCGAUGAAUGCUAAUUCUGAGCAAAAUGCAAAGGAUGUAGAAGCAUCCGCUAGCAGUACGGCUCCUGGGGAGAAAAACUUUGUGUCACACUUCAAAGAGAAGCUGGGUGAGUUCCGACAAGCUAAACGACUCGCCUUGGAAACUUGGGCCGCAGAUAAAGGAAUUAAUCUGCCGCGCGACUUCUUUGAAAAUCCUUCAUCGGUUGAGAGCUUGAAGGGUGAUUUCUUCUCUGCCUCGGCUUCGUUCCAGGAUCGAGCCAGACGGCAGCUGUAUCUUUUCCUUUACAUGCAGCAAUUACUUUUCUCUACAGGUCAGACAGUCCUGGAAUUUGUUGAGUAUGUAGACAGUGUCGCUGCGAAGGACAAGCUACAGCGGAGUCGCCUGAUCAUCCCUGGUGGAAAGCGCCUGUGGAAAUGGGCGAAGAGUGUUCUGAAACCGGAAGGCAGCCACGAACAUGAUAAUUUGGGAGAUUUCAAUGCGCAGGCAAGCCACCUAGAACUCGGCGAAGCGUACAGACAUCGCAGGGAUCCAGAACACUUGCCGCCGGCAACCACUUUUCAGAAAAUUGGUGACAGAAUUCGAGUCUUCCCGACGUUUUUGCGUUCCUUCGAGUCCACGUAUGGGUUCCGAGUCGCAUGUGCAACGAUGACCAUCGCUGUCAUUGUGUUUUUGCACGACACCCAGAGUUUUUUCCUCAAGCAGCGCAUGGUGUGGGCCAUGAUUAUGGUUAGUCUUAGUAUGAGUCCCACAAGCGGCCAAAGUAUUUUCAGUUUCGUCCUCAGAAUCGCAGGAACUGCUCUCGCUAUGGUAGCUAGUCUUCUGGUCUGGUAUAUUCCAGAUUCAAAGACCCCCGGUGUGAUUGUUUUACUCUACGUCUUUAUCUCUUGUGCAUUCUACGUCCCCAUCAAAAUGUUCCGCUUCCGCGUCAUUGGCGUCAUCAGCAUUGUUACCACAACCAUGAUCAUUGGCUAUGAGCUUCAGGUUCGCAAGGUCGGUGAGGUAGUUGCCACUUCCAAUGGUCAGGCUUACUAUCCUAUCUAUGAGCUUGCGCCCUUCAGGCUGGCUGCCGUUGCCGGAGGUUGCUUUGUUGGUUUCAUAUGGACCUUUUUCCCGUACCCUAUCUCGGAACAUUCAGUGCUUCGUCAGAGUCUGGGGGCUUCGUUGUACCUUCUGGCAAACUAUUAUUCCAUCAUCCACGAGACUCUCAUUGCUCGUAUGCGUGGCGAUGCUGGAGACAUGUUUCUUCAGAGUUUGAAAGGGCGCAAACUCGAAAAGGCACGCCACAAGGUAUUCUCCAAGCAAAUGCUCAUGCUGAAUAGCUUGCGAACUUAUUCUGAGUUUCUCAACUGGGAAGUUCCCAUCGGUGGUAGAUUUCCCAAGGAGCAGUAUGACACCAUUAUUGUUUGCGUGGAAAAUAUUGUGAGUUAUCUGAGUUUACUCGGAUACGUCUCUGAUACCUUCUUGCGUCUGGAGGAGGACGAAGAUGAAUCGGGCUCGGCCUGGAUGCAGGAUUUCCGUCGAAUAGUCGGCACCGCGAAAGUGACCACCCACGAAGUUACUUCUCUACUCUGUCUUCUUUCAGCCAGCAUUACAAAUCGCCAGCCAUUACCACCUUACCUGAAGUCGCCCCGACCGUACAGUUUUUCCAAGCGUCUAGAAGCUCUCGACAAUGAUAUCCUCAGCAUUAAACACAUUGCCGAGCCCGGUUUUGCGGCAUUCGCCGUCCUUCAAAUUUCCACAAGAUGCAUCGUGGGCGAUGUUGAACAACUUUUGAAGUAA